GUCAUUUGGAUCUGACCAAGAUUCUACCCAUCUCUCUCUACUUCUUCUACUCCCUCAUGAGAAUACGAAAAAAUGCAAAAAUCUCGACACUUUUCUUCGCAAACACAAACCUUUCGAAUGAUUCAGAUGACUGUUUGAUUCAGCAGAAGGAGUUGUGUCAGCUGAAUCAAUCUCCAUGGGAUAUCAUCACUUUCCCACCUUCAGAUUCAUCUUCUUCACUUGUUCAGUUUGAUGAUAAUGAGGCUUACUACAACGUCUGUCUGGCUGGAAAUGCGAGCUGGGAUUAUUCCAUUGGUGCGUCUGAAAGUUUGGCUUCGGUGAAGACCUCCGAAGGUGAAAACUACGGUUUUGAUGAGCCGAAGCACGAUUAUGGGGGAAUUUUAGGGUUUGAAGGAGGAGAGACGAGUGAGAUUCAAGAAGAAAUCGUGUUAUGUGGUAGGACCGACGAUAAAGGAUGGCAAUGUGGGCGGUUGGUGAAAAAUGGCGAUACGAUUUGCGACUAUCAUGUUAACGAGCUACAAACCAACGCGGUCUGGACUUCGAAAAAGUCCAGGCCCAUAAAUGGGACGAUGGCGGGAACUCAUUCCCGCCCUCGGCAAAACAAGAAACGGGCUUCAACAAGCCCAUAUGAGUUUUACUAUUAUACUGGGUUUGGACCGUCUUGGGGAAAGAAAAGAGGAUCGACGGCUACUACCUCAAAUACGUAUAACGAGAUAAUUCCAACCGAUGAUAUGGAUAUACGAAGAGAGAUGGAGAAAAGAUUUGAACCCGAGACGUCCAAGAUCCGGCCCACAAAGACGGAAUUAAUGUAUGAUGAUGACGACGUCGACGAUAACAAAAAGGGUAAAUCCGGAAUUGUUGGAAAAAAGAGAGGGAGAAAGCCUAUCAAGGCCAGAUCAUUAAAAUCUUUGAUGUGAUUCGAACAUUUGUGAUGUUUUUGGUUGUUUUUUUUUGGGACAACUACUAUAUCAGAUAUCUAGUCUACUAAUUAAAGCGUUGUUUAUUUAGGGCUUAACGGGCUUAAUAGCAUGAAGGGCUUAAUUAGUAGCUCGACC